AGGGAGCAAUCGUUUCCAGUUCCACUUCAGACACUGAUUCUACGUCUGGUGGAGAUAAGAAAGCUGAAAAAGAUACUUCAGAAUCAAAAGCUACAUUCCAAUUUGAAGACAGAAAAGAGCACUUUGAAAACGCUGAAGAUCCGAAAGGGAAUAAAAUAAGUCUACGAACAGUGGCCACUGAAAACGUGAAAAUGGCUGUCCCCGGUGAGACAGACACUAAAUCUAAAGUAGACAAGUUUGAUGUGCAAGUGAGGAUCACUUCUGAGGAGAAUUUGGUGGUGAAGGAAAAUGUUGAGAGAUGCAGGCGGAAAGACACCCUCAAUUUGGACGUUGAUGAUCUGAGUCUCAGGUCGCUAUCGGAAGGCGACAACUCAGUCUUCUCAGAAGGCGUAACAACGCCUUUGGAGCCCAACGCAGGCGCGAGCGAAGACAAAGACCAGGAGAACGCCAGCGGGAACGAGUCGGAAGAAGUGGACGAUAUAGAGCUCAUAUUCACUACUGACGAGUCUAAGGAUAUGAGCAAUUUACAGGAGGAUCUCGUGUCCAUUCGCGACACAGACAACUGGGGACCUUCCUCUGCGUCCACCCACUCCACACCCGUUCUCAUCAAGUUCCACACCUUGGAUCCCGACUUCCAACCGGGAGGGGACGACAAAGACAUCUCUGGUACUGAAAACCAAGAGAACACUGAUCUACAAGGAGUUAUCGCCGAGUCCUCUCUAAGAAACAAAAGAGUGUCGCUACCUAGUGACAAGGAUAUUAGACACGUCGCAUUCAACGGCAAAGGCAGCCUAGAUUUGCCCAGUCGAGGGAUUCUGAAGAGUUACGAGAACAAAUCGGAUAAUAUGCUGUACAAAAAGAGCCCUAAUACCAGCACACGAAGGUUGGACAGCGUUGACAGUCUGACGUGCGAGUACAACCGCGGCCUAAGUUUCGACAAUACUAAGUCGUCUAGCUUCGAGUUAGGGUCCAGUAUGGAUAUCCUGCAUAGGGAAGAGAGUGUGGACAGCUUUCACAGGACUGGCCACUUCGGGCAUAGGUUUUCUGUGUUUGCGGAGACGGAUAUAUCGAAGUGCGGCAUUUCGGAGGACGACCUCGCCGCCAAUUUGAAUGUGCGGAGGAAUACUUGCCCCAAUCCGUUUCAAUACAGGCCGGGCGCAUACCGCGCGCCGUCUCGCACCAGCGGGCCUCUGAAAGCGGGCAACGUGUGUCGCUACGUGCGGCCGGUGCUACGUGACGCGGCGCUACACCGCCGCAGCUCGGCCGCGCAGACCGACGUGUGCGCGCUGCCUAACCGCUGGAGCUCGGACGGAUAUUUGGCUCAUAAGAUGUCAGUGGUGCCGACGUGUAUGCCGACAUUGCCGCAGCGCGCGGCGCCGGCGCCCGGGCCGUGUGCCGCGCGGCGCCUCACCGUGCCCAACGCAAGGCCCGCGCCUUCUAGAGACGAUUCUAGGAGGAUCCUGCUAAGUGAUAUCGGGUUCACGUCGAUGGUCCCCGAGCUGUCCCGCUCGGCGGACCCGGUGUGGGCGCUCGGCAAGCGCAUGCAGGCAGAGUCGCCUGCUUCCACUUCUACUUCCAAGUUUCUGUCGCGCGGCUCGUCUUACCGCUCGCCUUGCCUGAGUAUCGACCGCAGCAGCGACUGGAUUCCGCAGUCCGUCUACGUUCCAUCUUCCAGAAUGUACGGCGACUGCCGGGCAUGGCGUAGUUCGCUGCCCGACGUGCGGCGCGCCGGCACAGAAGAGCUAUGCCACGAGGCGGACUUAUACCUACGUCGGUCCACAGACAACCUGCGGUACACUUCGCUCGACAUGAACACCGGUUGCGUUUGCGGCUGUUCCUGCGUUUGCGUUCGCAGCGGCGAUAUCGCAACCACUACCAUCCCUGAAGCCGUGGACGUGGACAAUGUGGGCUUGGGAAACGUGGGAAUAAGCGUGGGCAACACAAGCGUGGGAUUGGGCAGCGUGGGCGUGAGCGGGCGGCCUUAUAUCCCGCGCGAGCCGAAGCAGCUACGUUUGGGGCAUAUGGUGAAAGUAAUCGCGCCGCAUGGAAGGCUCGUUAUUGGCCGUGUUCGCUACGUAGGCCUGGCAGGCGGGACCGCAGCAUCCAGCGGCAUGGUGGUAGGGGCGGAGUUCCCGUGUGCGCAGGCGCCGGCACUGGCCCGGAAUGACGGGACGCACCGCGGCCGCCGCUACUUCCUCGCCCCGCCGGGACACGGAGCCAUAUUUGUACCCUUCUCGAAAGUCGUCAUGGCUUGGGCCAACUGAACGUCUUUUGUUUUACAGUAAGUUUCCAUUCAUGUUCUAUUCGAAUAUCAUUCACAGAUAUGUGUCAAGAUGUUCGCAAAGACGUUUGUCAAGGUGUUUGCAUAGAUGUUUGCUAAGAUAAACAAAUUGGGGUAGCUGAACGAACAGAGGUACCAUCGGCAUCAGUGUUAACUAUCCAUUGCCUGUCAUGUCGUCUCGUUCUAUCACAAAGAAUCACCAUUUGAUGAGAGCGAGAGCAAAAACGGAAAUGGAUAGUUAACAGUGUGGCCGUGUGUACCUCGGUAUCACCUUUUUGCUUUCGUUGAUGUUCUAUUCUAAUAUCGGUCAUAGAUAAUGUGUCAAGAUGUUUACAGAGAUACACAAAUUCGUGUAAGUUGAAAAAACGGUGGUACCCCAGUAUCACCUUUUUGCUUCUGUUGAUGUUCUAUUCUAAGAACAGCGAUGCGACUGUUUCAACUUAAAUUAAACAUAAUAUGUAGACAGUUUAUUUCAAAAUGUAAGUUCUCUACACUUACUUUAUUUAAAAGUAAAAGUUAUCUAUACUUUUCAGUUAGAAACCAAAAUGUAGAUCGAUUGCAAGAUUAUAGUGAAUUUAUCUUAGCGCUAGAUGGCGCUUCCCAAUGCAAAAGAAAUGUUUUAUUAUUUACAGUACAGUAAAGGUAACUUUUAAAACACACACUUAGGCGGUAAGCCGUUAUAAGGGAAAAUGUAUUACAUAAUAGCAAUGUUAGAGCAAUAAAUGAAACUAACUAUGCCAAAGAAUAUGCUUAAUACUUUCAUUUUUGUUCGAUUUAUAUCAUAAACGAUUGCGAUUGUAAAGAGUACGGUACCUAACUAAUAAAAUAUGAUUAUUUACAAUGUUUAAAAAUAUUUAUCAGUAUAAUAAUUGCCUAUAGAAAAUAAUGUGUAUACUGCAUCUGAAAACAUUAUACGAUGAAGUACACUAUAAUGUAAAGUAAUAACUGCAUAAGGCCUAAAUUAUUAUGUAAACCAUAAUUACAAAUAAAUACACAAUUCAUACAUAAGGAAUUAAAGUAAUGUGCCGAUUGUACUCGAAGAUAAGCACUAUAUUUAUUUUUAAAGUACCUAAACAAAAAAUAAUAAUUUAAAACCCACAUUUUCAUCGCCAAAUGAAACAGAAUAUGAACGUGUGUUCACCGUUGUUAAUAAGGCUAGUUAUACACUGUAAAAUAACGUGUAUAAAUAUAAGCCUAGGUGGAGUUUUUGGUAUUUCUCUUGCCCUUAUAUGCUACUUAAAAUAUAAAGGUAACAGGGAGUAGUAGUGUAUUUUGUGUGAACGUAGGCGUUCAUGUUUAAAAUAAACAUAUAUUCUUCAUAUAGCUGUGGUGUGUACGUCAUUAUGAGACCACACGAGACCUGGAGGCGUGUGAGUUUACGUCAAACGCAUUCGAUUUCGAGUGCGUAAAAAAGUGUCAUUAAAUGUAUGACGGAUUUUACAGCGCCCGUAGUGGAAACUUUCAAGAACUAAAAUCUGACCUGACGACGUUUGAUGUAAACUCACACUGCCCUCAGGAUAUGAAUGGACAAUGUUUUA